AAAUACUGUGGGCGGGCGGCCUCAUUGUAGGUGCCGUGUAAAAGAUUAGGAGAAAGAGGUAAGAAGGAUUUGAGUGGUAAUACUAAUACAUGAUGAGGGGCAUAGGUUGUGUUGUCAACUGUAUGGAUACGAGUGUCUAACAAACUCUCCUAAAAUAUUUCAACAACCAGAAGAUACGGUUGGGCGCUCAUUUCCUUUUGGGACUCUACUUUCUCCUAAUCCUUAUCAACUCUCUCUCCCCCUUAGCCUACGCACAUUGUUGCUUCACAACAACAAUCAUGAAUGCUGAUUCUUCCCAAGCUGCCAUUGAUACCAAGCCGCAGCUGCGGUGGUGGGAUUUACUCCGCCCCAUCAUGGCCCUCGUUGCUCCCUGCUGGGCCUCCUGCUAUCCCCCACUCUUCUCCACAUGCAAACCUGAAAUUUUCACUGUAACUGGAACCAUCAUAUGCUCAAUCAAUAGCAAAGUGAAGCUCUGCAUUCAGGAAGAUGUCGACAGCUUCCCUUUGAUCAUCCUUGAUCUUCCUAUUAACAUGUCCGAGUUAGCGGGUCUAAUGCAGUGUGGUACUGCCCGUAUCGUUCUCCAGUGUGACCUCGGCUUGGACAGAUCGAAUGAGCCUUUCUUGAGUGCAGCUACGUGGGCAAUGCACUACAAUGGACAGAAAAUGGGGUAUGCCAUGAGGAGAGAGGUGACAGGAAAGGAUACGCUGCUGUUGGGGACAAUGCGGACGAUCUCAGCUGGAGCUGGGAUAUUACCGGGGAAGGAAUGUGGUUUGGGGCAGUGCAAGUACCUGAGAGGCCAGUUUGAAAAAGUGGUGGCUUCCAACUAUUCUGAGGCCUACCAUUUGAUCGAUCCUUCCGGCUGCUUGGGCCAAGAGUUGAGCAUAUUCUUUCUGGGGAUUUAGCAUUUUCAUUCUGAAUACUGGUCUAACCAAAAUGGAAGAUACCUCAAUUUUGCAUAGCACAUAGAGCCCUUCCAUGAUAUUUAACAAUACCUAAAAGAGAAAUUGUGAGGGAUCCAUUCAAUGUUCUUGCGGGAUUUCCCUGCUGGACAUUUCUUGACACUCUUCCUCAGAGACUCAGGCAGAGACUGUUGGAUCAUCUCCAUGACACCAGCUGGGCACAAUUGUGAGUCCUUUGCAAAUGACUCGACAACCUUUGGUAAAAGGAUUUUGUGGUCUUUGCGCACACCAAAGGUAGCCCGAAUAUACUCUUCUUUUGCAGAUUCCAACUCUUGAAGUACUCUCUUAGGUGUGUAGACACGAACCUGAAAAGGAUUAAAAAUACAAGUGUUGGCAAAGAAAAAGUAAAGAGUAAAUAGGAUGUUCUAUAGUCAUUAUUUGAAUCUUGCAUCCAGUUAUGUUGUGUUGCUUGGUUAUUUAUAUUUUGUGUUUAAAUUAUGUGCCUAAAUUUUUACUUGUUUUGGUCCAAAGGAAGAAACCACAUUAUUGCUGAGAGCAAGGGGUGAAAAAGGAAGAGAGGAGGGCAGCAAAUCGAUCAACACAUCUAAUACCCUUACACAGAAACUCCACGAGACACAAGUUGAACACCCAAAAACCGUCUCAAUAGCACCUCUGUUGUCAUGUUCACAACAGAAAACAUUCUUCAGAGCUGGAUGGCUCUGAUAUCAUUUAAUCUACUAAUUUUGCAAAGUUUUAA